AUGAAGGAGGGAAGGAGAGGAAUAAAGGGAGAGAGGGAAGGAAGAAGAGAAGGAAGUGGAAAGGGAAGGAGAGAUGGAAAGGAGGAGAAAGAGGGAAAGAAAGAGAUGGAACAAAGGGAAGGAAGGAAAAUGAACAUGAACAAGAGCACUUACAAUCGUUUGAGGUUUAUUUUCCAAAACUUCCUCCCUGGGCGUAUUUGGGAAGAGAAAUCCCAGAACUCCUUACUGCAUUCUGGCCAGGAAUUCUGGGAAGAAUUCUCUUCCCAGACAGACCGGAAGAGCAGAAGAGCAGGUGGAGGCCUGGCCAGAAGCUUUGUCUAUGGAGCUGGGGAGAAUGGCCACCCGGAGGAGAAUCCGUCACUCCCCGCUGGAUUUCCGGAGGACGGAGCCGACGAUCGGCUGAAGGGGCAGAAAAGCCCAGAACUGUGUUGGCUUUUUUGGCAGCUGCUGCACACUGCUGGCUCAUAUCUAAACGGUUGUCCACUAGAACUCCAAGAUCCCUCUCACAGGCCCUGCCACCUGAUCACGGAGAGGUAGCCAUGACAGUGGGGGGCAAGGAACUCGUUCUGGUCCUGGAAAGAAACCAGCUGCUGUCUCCAGGUUACACAGAGGUACAUUACGCCAAAAAUGGGCAGCCGGUGAUCCUCUCACCCGAACACACGGAACUCUGUUAUUUUCAUGGCUACGUCCGAGGACACGUGGAUUCCUGGGUGGUGCUCAGUUCCUGCGCCGGCUUCAGCGGGCUCAUCGUCCUGGAUCGCAACAGCAGCUACUACCUGAAACCUCCAGCCAACUCCACCUCGGAAGCUCACACCCUGUUUCGGGCGAAGGACUUGUUGAUCAAAGGGGGCUCUUGCCGACAAGGGGACCUGCUACCCAACAGCCUGGCUGACGUCACUGGAAUCUUCCAGCCCUUGAAGCGAAAAAGAAGGGAUUCCUGGAGAGCGCUGAAGUACAUGGAGCUCUUUAUCGUGGCAGAUUACUCCAUGUUUAGAGCUCAAAAGCAGAAUUUGGGAGUCACAAAACAGCGGAUUCUGGAGAUCGCUAAUUACGUAGACAAGUUUUACAGGUCGCUGAACAUCAAAGUGGCCCUGAUCGGUCUGGAAGUCUGGACGGACCAAGACAAGUGCAUGGUCAACGAGGACGCCCACGCCACCCUCGUCUCCUUUCUCCAGUGGAAGAAGACGCUGAGGACCCGCAAGAAGCACGACAACGCCCAGCUCCUCACAGGGAUCACCUUCAGAGGGACCACCAUCGGAAUGGCGCCCCUGGAGGGCAUGUGCAGUGCGGAGAAUUCUGGCGGCGUGAACAUGGACCACUCGGAGUUGCCCAUCGGAGCAGCCGCCACCAUGGCCCAUGAGAUCGGCCACAAUUUCGGCAUGAGCCACGACGCGGAAGGCUGCUGCAUGGAGGCCACGGCGUCCCAGGGGGGCUGCGUCAUGGCUGCAGCCACGGGGCACCCCUUCCCCCGGGUGUUCAGCGCCUGCAGCCGCAGACAGUUGGAGGGCUACUUCCAGAAGGGGGGAGGCGCCUGCCUCUUCAACCUGCCGGACACCAAGGACUUGGUUUUGGGGAAGAAAUGUGGCAACGGGUUUUUGGAGGAAGGGGAGGAGUGCGACUGCGGGGAGGCCGAGGAGUGUACCAAUCCUUGCUGUAACCCCCAGAAUUGUACGCUGAAAGCCGGAGCUGAGUGUGCCCAUGGAGAAUGUUGUAAUUCCUGCAAGCUCAAGACAGCCGGGAUCAUGUGUCGGGAGCCGGCUGGAUCGUGUGAUCUCCCGGAAUAUUGUACGGGCGCUUCACCUUACUGCCCCGGCAAUGUCUACUUGUUGGACGGCUCAACGUGUUCCCACGGAGAGGAGUAUUGUUACAACGGCAUGUGCAUGACGCACCACCAACAGUGCAUCCAGCUGUGGGGGCGAGGUGCUUGGCCAGCCCCCGAUGCCUGCUUCCAGGAUGUCAACAGGGCCGGUGACAUGUAUGGCAACUGUGGGAAAGACCGACACGGCAACUAUGUGAAGUGUGCCAAGAGGGACGCCAAGUGUGGGAAAAUCCAGUGCCAGAGCCCAGCUGCGAAGCCCAAAGGCACCAACACCAUCUCAAUGGACACCACCAUUCGGUUCAACGGGCAGGAGAUCAAAUGCCGAGGGACUUUGGUCUACGCCACCAAGGACGACGAAGGAGACCUUUCAGAUCCAGGCCUUGUGAUGACGGGCACCAAGUGCGGAGAUGGGUUGGUGUGCAAAGACCAGCGGUGUCAAAACGCUUCCUUUUUCGAACUGGACAAAUGCAUCUCCAAAUGUCAUGGCCACGGGGUGUGUAAUAGCAACCAGAAUUGUCACUGUGAUGCUGGCUGGGCACCUCCGUUCUGUGAGAAGCCGGGGCUGGGAGGCAGUGUGGAUAGUGGCCCUGUUCAGCAAGACCAUUAUGAAGCCAUCCUGAUCUCUUUGCUGGUGGUCUUCCUGCUGAUCGUGCCUUCUCUACUCCUGGGUCUCUACAGCUGCCACCGACGGGAGACUUCGCUCCUCCACAAGUGGGCCAGGGGCUUCAGGAAGAGACACAACAAGACCUGCAGGAAUGGAAUUCUUCAUCCGAAAACCAGCCAAGGCCACUCGAAUUCCGCCUUCAGCCUGCAGGAUAUUUCCUCCGCCAACAAAAUGAAAUCCAGCAUCAACAGCCAGGUAGCCAGAGGCGUUUCCACCUUGAAGCCGAACCCUCCUCAAAGGGGCCCCCACCCCAUCAACGUAGUUCGACCCUUACGGCCCGGCUGUGGCCCCUCGACCCCCCUCCAGAGAGACCUCAAACCUUCCAGGCCCCCUCCCCCGCCCUUCCACGGAUCGCCCGCCAUGCCCGUGAAAGGCGGAUUUGGGGGUCCCACCAAACUGCCCCCUCCGAAGAAGCCCCUUCCGAGCACCCCUGUCCGACCUCCUCCGCUCCACCCGCAGCCCAGACCGCUUUACAAACCCUUGCCCAAGACUCUUCUGGCCAAGGACGUGGCCUCCGCACCGAGUCCAGCAUUGCUGGUUAUGGUCCCUCCGACCAACUCCAAGCCUGCGGGGAUCGGGGCCUUGAACCAUCUCUCCAAACCUCUCAGGCCAGUCGCACCUCAAAGACCCCUCCCAGGCCUAAAAGUUCAUCCGGCUGCCUCCGGCUUCAAGAAGUGACAAGGUUUUGGCCAUCCUUGGGCAACGUUACCUUCUUCAUUUGCACUACUGCGGUUCCAACGCAAGGAUUUUUGUUACGAGAGACAUUUUCAACUUUUGUUU